AAUAUCGUUACUUGGGCUGUCAGUAUUAAAGCAAUUGAUCGUUUGCGUAAUGGCAUAACCAUUGGUAACUCACAAGACAACCAGCUCACACCCGCUGUAAACAUGAACUAUAGUCAGUAACAUUGACAUAGAGUAAGUGGCCACUUCUUGCGUUCCAUACAUUUUUCUACAUAAAGUCAAUUUUUUUUGCGCAACUGACAGGCAAAUUUCAAUCUACAGCUGCUUUUAUCCCGCGCGAUAUUGGACAGAAUGGAAAUUGCGACAAGCUAUGCUCUUCUUUUUGCGGUCUACCAGAGUGUGAGCUAUGGACAUGAUCCUGACGUGUGGAAAGAUGCGUGUCAGCUUAUCACUUCAAAAGGAUAUCCUUGUGAGGAGCACCAAGUGACCACUGAGGAUGGUUAUAUCCUGACCAUGCACAGAAUACCCCACGGACACCCAACACCAGAACACCCAACAACCAUUCCUACAGAAAACCGGAGUGCAGUGGUGCUGAUGCAUUGUCUGGAGUGUGAUGCCACCAUCUUCAUCACCAACUUCCCCGACCAGAGUUUGGGGUUCAUUCUGGCUGACGCUGGCUAUGACGUGUGGCUGCCGAACGCGAGGGGUUCCAAGUACAGUCGCACUCACACCUCCCUCAAGCAGACCCAAUUCGCAUUCUGGGAGUGGACUUGGGACGAGAUUGCGUACUAUGAUCUACCUGCAGUUGUGGACUAUGUCACCCAAUUUGUGAAUCAGACCCAGAUUAACUAUGUCGGGUACUCACAAGGAACAAUGAUUGGUUUCGCCGGAUUCUCCUACAACUCUCAUCUGGCUGCCAAGGUCAAGUUCUUUGGCGCCCUGGCCCCGGUGGCACAGCUGGGUGGAGUGACCAGCGUGAUCAGAUACUUCACCGGGUUGGUUGAGAAGUUGCAGUGGGUGUAUCGUCUGCUGGGAUACGGACUGUUCUUCCCACCCACCAAACUGAUGAAUUUGGCAGAGGCACAGAUAUGCAGCAACGUCGACAUCCUCUUCAAGCCCGCCUGCACUGAGGUGUACUACUUGGUGGCUGGACAGGAGGACACACGCCAGCUGAACACUUCCAGACUGGAUGUCUACUUCAGUCACACACCCAGUGGAACCAGCACGCUAAAUGUGAACCACUAUGCACAGCAAGUAGACAGUGGAGUUUUCCAGGCAUACGACUGGGGAAGCAGACACAAGAACAACAAACACUACGGCACCCCCACUCCCCCCGUCUACAAUGCCUGGAACGUCACCAUCCCCACCGCCCUCUUCCACGGAAAACAGGAUGCCCUGGCUGACCCUCUGGACGUGGCGUGGUUAGAGAAGGAGUUGGGCCAUGUAGUCUUCAGCAGACAGUACGACCAGUUCAACCACCUCGACUUUGCAUGGGGUCUGGACUGUCGCUACUCCGUAUACCCAGACCUACUCUCUCAACUGGCCCAAUACAAUUGACCCAACAUUCCCAGAAAUAUAGAACAGUGAUUGAAAGCACUAAGUGGAACUGAAAAAGGAAACAUAGAAAAAACAUUUUCACAUUGCCUUUGAAGGCGUUGUGCAGUCAUUGGACAAAGAAAUUGAAGCUGUAAGAUCUUUGUUCCUCCAUACAAAACCUUCAAAAAAUAAGCGUUGAAAAAAAGCUGGUAUUGCUUCAUCUAACUUUUGCCAAUUGAAAACACUUUGCUUUAA